AUGGACGGACUUGAUAUUCAAUCGCAUCGUGAUUCUGAGCAUCAUCGCCAAAAUCCAAUACUACACAAGAUUUCCCCUGAUGAUGGAGCAUCUGGAAUGAAAACACCUCGCAGAGGUCUAGGAAUGGUCAUCAAUGAAACUAAAACGCCUGGAGCACGAUCCCAACAGCUAUCUUCGUCAAAAAAGAAUAUUUGCAACACGAUGGCUUCUACUAAAAUCAACAUUCCUGAGUUUGAGGUACUCGAAGAUGCAUUAAGCGAGGAAAAUGUUACUAACCGCCAAGAAUUAUUCGAAGUCAAGGACGAUGGUGAACUAGAAUCUCCAAUUGAAGGAAUUUCAAGAUUGUCUCUUGGUCACGACUCGCUAAAGGAUAUAAUUGAAGAGCAGAAGGAUCUUCAAGACUCUUUCUCUCUCGUCGAAGAUUCGCUAAACGUUUUUUACGACUCGUCUCAAGAACGUCUUGAUUUGGAAUGCCGACAAAUUCUCGCGGAGCUUGGUGCUGAUGAGUGGGACGAAUAUCCACCAAUCGAAUUAGCGUCUCGAAUUGACUACAACAUUCUCGACGAUCUUCGCGAGGAUCAUCAACCCGAUCCUGUGGUCCUUGUGAAUGAUUCGAUGCUACACAACGAUUAUGUCGAGCCGAGCGAUUGGAGAUCAAGACUGUCUUACGAAGAAUUUGUUGAAUGCUUGCAAAAUGGAGAUGACGCUGAGGAAAAUGUUCAAAUCAGCAUUUGA